CUGGGUUGGCAUGAAUGGAAGAGGGCCAGGGGCUGCCUGUCCUCAACCCCUUGCUAAGAGCCUCCCUCUCACGCUACUGAGGCCCAGUUAAUUAUAGCUCUGACCUAAGUGCCCUGUGACGCCACACCCGGGCCAGCACUGCCCAGGAGACCCAGCAACCAGGUCCAUGUUUCAGCCAUGCUCCCUGUGGAGGUCCCCCUGUCCCAGCUGGGCCCCCCAGUACUGCUGCUCCAGCUGCUGUUACCCCCAACAUCUGCCUUCUUUCCCAACAUCUGGAGCCUUCUGGCUGCCCCUGGCUCCGUCACUCACCAAGACCUGACUGAGGAGGCUGCACUCAAUGUCACCCUUGAGCUCUUUCUGGAACAGCCACCCCCAGGCCGACCGCACCUCCAUCUAGAGGACUACAGGGGCCGGACCCUCCUCGCCGAUGAUAUCUUUGCUGCCUACUUUGGAUCAGGGUUUUCUUCCCGGAGGUUCAGAGCGGCUUUAGGAGAGGUGUCUCGUGCCAAUGCAGCCCAAGACUUCCUGCCAGCUUCCAAGAGCAACCCCGACCUGCACUUCGAUGCUGAACGGCUGGUCCAGGGGCGCACUCGCCUGGAGGGGGCCCUUCGGGAAACCCUGGUGGCCGCCAGAGCCCUAGAGUAUACACUGGCUCGACAGCGUCUAGGGGCUGCACUUCAUGCCCUGCAGGAUUUCUAUAGCCACAGCAACUGGGUGGAGCUGGGGGAGCGGCAGCCACACCCUCACCUCCUCUGGCCAAGGCGGGAACUCUGGAGCCUGGCCCAAGUGGGCGAUCCUACCUGCUCUGACUGCGAGGGGCUGAGCUGCCCUGGGAACAUGAUGAACUUGACAAUGCUCACCUCUGGCUACUUUGGAACGAAUCCCCCCAAACCUCCAGGGAAAUGUAGCCAUGGGGGUCGUUUUGACCAGAGCAGCUCCCAGCCACCCCGGGGAGGCAUCAACAAGGACAGCACAUCCCCAAGCUUCUCCCCGCACCAUAGGCUGCACCUCCAGGCUGCAGAAGUGGCACUGCUAGCUUCCAUCGAGGCCCUCAGCCUCCUGCGAAGCCGCCUGGGAACCAGGGGGUUCUCCAGGCUGCUGGACAUCACCCCCGCUUCCAGCCUGAGCUUCGUCCUGGACACCACAGGCAGUAUGGGCGAGGAGAUCAAUGCAGCCAAGAUCCAGGCUCGCCGCAUAGUGGAGCAGCGGCAAGGCAGCCCCAUGGAGCCUGUUUCCUACAUCCUGGUGCCCUUCCAUGACCCAGGGUUCGGCCCUGUCUUUACAACCAGUGACCCUGACAGCUUCUGGCAGAAACUCACCGAGAUCCAUGCCUUGGGAGGUGGAGAUGAGCCGGAGAUGUGCCUGUCUGCCCUGGAGCUAGCCCUGCUGCAUACACCUCCCCUCUCAGACAUCUUCGUCUUCACUGACGCCUCCCCCAAGGACGCUUUUCUUACCAACCGGGUGGAAUCCCUGACUCGGGAGAGGCGCUGCAGGGUCACGUUCCUAGUAACCGAAGACCCAUCGAGGGCUCAGGGUCGAGGACGGCGAGAGGCCUUGUCUCCUUCUCGCUUUGAACCAUACGAAGCAAUAGCCCUGGCAUCGGGGGGAGAGGUGAUCUUUACCAAAGACCAGCACAUCCGGGAUGUGGCUGCCAUUGUUGGGGAGAGCAUGGCUGGUCUGGUGACUCUUCCCCUGGAGCCUCCCAUCUUCACCCCCGGGGAGCCCUGUGUGUUCGCCGUGGACAGUCUGCUCUCGCAAGUCACAGUCCGGAUGCACGGGGACAUCAGUGGCUUCUGGAUCAAGAGCCCUGCAGGGGUGUCCCAGGGCCCAGAGGAGGGCAUAGGUCCUCUGGGCCACACUCGUCGCUUUGGGCAGUUCUGGACAGUGACCAUGACUGACCCCCCUCAGACAGGGUCUUGGGAGAUCCAGGUAGCAGCUGAGGGAACCCCCCGGGUGAGAGUACAAGCCCAGACCUCUCUGGACUUCCUGUUUCAUUUCGGGAUCUCUGCAGAGGAUGGACCCCACCCUGGCCUCUACCCCCUGACUCAGCCAGUUGCAGGUCUUCAGACCCAGCUGCUGGUGGAAGUGACAGGGCUCGUCUCUAGACAGAAACUUGGAGAUGGCCAGCCACAGUUUUCCCAUGCUGUCCUUCGAAGGGUCCCAGAGGGCACUCAUCUGGGCCGGGUGUCCUUGGAGCCCGUGGGACCCCCGGAGCGAGGCCUCCUUGCUGCCUCGCUACCGCCCACACUGCUGUCUGUCUCUGUACCCUUCUCCCUGGAGCUGGCUGGCCAGGAUGUAGGGGGACAGGGUCUGCGGAGGUCUGCUCCCCAGCCUUGCAGUGUGGCUCCCGUGCUUCUGGAGCUCAGUGGCCCGCCAGAUUUCUUGACUCCGGGCAGCAAGGCCCCUCUCAGCCUCCACAUCGCCAGCUUCUCUGGCCCCCAGGAUCUUGAUCUUAGGUCAUCCGUGAACCCUAGCUUCUCCCUCACCUCCAACCUCUCCAGGGCUCGCCUGGGACUGAACGAGUCUGCCUGGGGACGCCUGUGGCUAGAGGUCCCAGAUUCAGCAGCCCCUGACACUACUGUGACUGUGACUGUGACUGCAGUGGGUCAGGGAGCCAGCCAGGUGCCCCCAACCCAUGCCUUCCUCCGGCUCCUGGUGCUGGCCCAGUCCUCAGAGGACCAACUGGAGGACCCUACCCACUCUGCUGUCCCUGUGCUGCCCCCAGCCACCCCUGCCCUGCUUCCUUCCACUUUGGUGACUCGGGGCAGAGCUGGGAGAGGGACGACCGGCAAAACCUGGUGGGGGACAGUUGGAGGUGUGCUGUUCCUGCUAGGCUGCACUUCCUGGUAACACAGGGACAGGGCAUCAGCCCCAUUUUCAGUCUGCCCUAUGGGUGGGAUGCUCACGUGGCUUCAGAGCCCUGCCCUGCCUACCUGGUG